GAAAGUUCACAACAGAGGCGAACGCUGCAGUUUGAUCCAAUAUUUGGAGCACAUUGCAUCUGUCGAGUUUCCCUGCAACAAAUUUAUUUUAUUCCUUCUCCAAUGUGCAAAUUGCAAAAGUUUUGUGUCAAUGCCAAAAAUUAACAAAACGAGUUCGAAGGAAAAAUUACUCAAGCAAUUGGGAUUGGACAACAGUCUAUCGUCCAGCAAGGGAUCUCGCACAGGCAACUCGGCUAACAAUAAAGAACUGAAAGUGUUAACGCUACUGCAAACUGUGCCGUGAACUCGUCCUUCAACUCAGUAACAAAUUGAAACUGCGCAGCUCAGCUUCAUUGAAAAUUUGAAUUGAAAUUGGUCAAAAAAAUCGCUAGAAAUUGAUCCCAACAACCCAAAAACAGCUAGCAAACAAAGCAACAGCAAAAUGGUCUACACGGAACGCAACGACAAGUGUCUGGCGAACAGUAAGGACAAAGUCGGCCAAAACCCGUACUCGAGUGAGGAGAAGAAGCCCCAAUCCAGUCCCAGCUCCUCGGGUGCCUGGAGCAGCCAGGCAUCGAAUGCCGAGAAAUGGAAGUACAAUAAUAUGGUCAAGGAUAAUCGUGAUAAGUUCAAUGGCAUGCACUUCUCCUAAGUCCCUCAAACUGGACACACUGAUUGGAGUUGAGCUCUAAUAUGUGGGGUCUUUGGCUAAUUUAAACAUUGCCUGCAACGUGAUUGACUUUUAUUAUUAUUGUUAUUUCUCUGGGUUCCAUGGAUUAAUUAUAUUGCCUAGUUGUAAGUCUGUUAAUAAUUGGAUAUAAUAUACAUUAUGUAUUGUA